CGCUCACCGCCCUGCCGUCAGCCCGCCACGCCCUCGCCUUUCCGCCAUACGACGGCCCUAGGCGCCUGGCGUCCUCGCCUCCUCCUCUGAAGUUUGAUCCCCUCGAUCUCCCCGGCUUCCCAACGCCCGACCGCCACCGGCGCUCCCCGCUCCCUGCCCCAGCCUAGCAAAGCUUACAGGUGAAAGCGAUGCUGCGCACCUUCCCUCAAGCCCGUCGGCUUCUCAGGAGGAUGGGGUUCGAGAAGGGGGACGAGUACUUCUUCAAGCAGAUGGGCAAGGGCAUGCUCUGCACAUACGCACUAUUUGGCGCCGCCUGGGUCUGGAAUGAGACGUCGCCGCUUGGCUGGUGGACGCUCAAGCCACGCCCCAAGGAAGAGAAAGAAAUGGCGCAUCUAUACGAGCGCCGGGAGUUCCCGUACCCUGGAGACGAGGCGGCGGUGGAGGAAUUCAUAAAGAGCGGCGGCGCCUUGGGCACCACGAUCGGACCCAAAGGUUUCGCUGACACGAACAUGGACUCUGAUAACAUGCAGAAGCAGCUUCAAUCGAAGAAGUUCGAGCAGGAAGCGCAGAAGCUCUGGUUCCGGAUGAGGAACGAGGUUGUGCAGGAACUCGAAGAGAAGGGUUUUGAUGUUCAGUGAAGUUUUUCUGCUGCUGCACCACGAAUCUUCAACGAAAAAAAAAUUGAAAAUUCCUGUCAGAGAUUAGGCGCUGCUAGCUCUCCCAACAUUUGUAGCCUUGAUUUGUUUGAUCAAAUUCAUGCAUAAAUAAAUACUCGAUCAUAUGUGUAUUUGUUACUAGUAUUCUACAAUGUGUAAUCAUCACCAUGUUUGUCACAUGGGGAGUCCUGGACCAAUUUUUGUACUGUCGCGGAAAGAAAACGUUAUUAUUCUC